AUGGCUUCAAAGUACGAUCUCCUAGAAUAUGAUUCUGAUGAAGAAAGGGAGAAAUUCCCAGCAGUUCCCAUGGAGAACUUAAUGUCUGCCGCGCUCUUCAUGGCUAGCCUUUUUGACCGCGCGGGUGUCCCUUACGGUGUGAUGGGCGACUUUGCAAUCAAUUUAAUGGGAGGGGAACGGGAAACCCGCGAUGUUGAUAUUGCCUUUCAAGCUCCUGGCAAAAUGCGUGAUCUAUGGGAUAUUGUGGAAGGAGAAGAACGCCUUAUCGUACCCAAUACCCGGCUUCUCAGCAACAUCAUGAAGGUGUUUGUUCUCACUGGCCCAAACUUUGAUGAGUGCACUGUCACAAUGCCAAUUGAGAUAGACCUCAUUGAAAGUGGUUUCCAAAACAGCCCUCGAGAUUUGAGUACCAAUAGGAUUGAACUUCAAGCUAAAAUUGGAAAUGAAACGAACUCCAUCUAUGCAGUUGGGCUGUAUUACCUCCUUCGGGGUAAAUUGGCUACAUAUCAAGCCAGACAGGACGAACGUGAUAGAUCAGACAUUAUCCAUGUACUGAAAAAAUUUCCGGACGAAAUUCGAGAGUUUGCAACAAACCUAGAGUCGGAUACUGUCUCCUCCUUCCUUGAAUCUCUUCCCUCUUAUCGUCGCGAGGCGAUUGGUGGUAUACUCGAAGGUUGA